UGAAUACAGACCUCCGUUCUAACGUGCAGACUGUGAUGACCGAAUGCAGAAACGGUUGGAGACCAAGAGUGUAGCGCAAGCAUGUGGUAGACCGCCGCCUCGUCUCAGCGGCGGUUCCCCUCAGAGACGAUCGUCAUGUGUAGUGGACGGAGUCUUUUAAAGAUCGUGUGUAUAUCAAAAUCAGAGAAUACAUGCAGAGGAAGGGCAAACACUUUGCUUGGGUGGCCGGUGCACGAGGCACCACCUUACGGUAGAAGACUGGAGGGCCUUGGUGAAGUGUUCCAGUUAUCGAGAGAGCCGCACUGCAUGCAGGCGGAGAGACAGUGUGCAAGCAAGACGGAAGACAAGCCAGCUGCAACAGCCAGCCAAGAUACUGAAUCUGAUUUAGGUUCACCUUUCGAUGCUGAUGAUGUAGUCCCUGAUACAGACUCUGAUCUGAUGAUUGUUCCAGAGGAGACGGAGAAACAAGAUGACGACGAGAAACCAAGUGCCAAAGAGAAACAGGAAGCCAACGAAGCAAGAGAGGAAACACGCAUCGCAAAGAAGACCGAGGAUGACGAAUCUAAACCAUCACCCUCACAGGUGAUACAUUCCUGCAUGUUUAGAAGACAAAUGUAUUUCUAUCCUUAUGCAACUUUCUACAACUCAGUUAGUAUCCGCAGUUGAUGAUUGGGCCAAGUCCAUGUGUUACAGAUGCGUCCAUCUCAAACACAACACCCUUGUAUGAUGUUAGAAAGGUGUGUAGACAUGUAGACAUGUAUUUUGAUGAUGCCGCUAACGAUUUGAUCAAUGGUAAAGAAAGAAACGAAUACUUCUUUUUGUUUUUAAAUGCAGUAAAUCAAUUUGAUUAAAUAAGAAUUAUGAGUUUGGACGAACGAAGGUACAUGUUCAAAAAUUUACUGAGACUCUGAAAGCAUCUAAAACUAUGCGAGAUGAUCUUAAAAACAGAUGCAAACACCUUGUUGAGUAAUUGAUUUAUGUGUGGUUUGUUUUUACAACUCACAUCAUAAACGUUUUUCAAACUAUAA